AUUAUAGAGCUUUCUCAGACAUCAGCAUGUUGGGUUAUGAGCAACAGCACACCUCCCUGGACUGGAUUUUGAAGACCUUUCAUGGUAAUCGUAACAAGCAGAUGAGUAUAAAUAACACACUAGAUGGGUGUUUUAUUUUGGAGGGUCAUUUUUAGACACAACUAAAAAAUAAGUUCAGUCAGACCAAAAAUAUCUAAAACAUCUCAGAGAAAAGAUCACAACUUUUUGACCACCACCUGACUAAAUAUAAUUAGUUACAUUUAUUUAUGAUCAAUGACAAGAAAAAGAUGCACAAACAUGGCUGACAAUCGUUAAAAGCUUUUAUUUUUUACUUUUAUGGUACUUUUUUUUUUGUCAAAGUCUUAUUACUUAUUUUUUAUGUUUGUAGUACAGUUAGCACAACUGGGCAAUAAACAUCAAAGUUCUUAAAUAUCUCACUAGUCUUUAGAUAUGUCUACACAGACAGUUGUUUUUAAAACUAAAUGGUAGAUUUUUGUUUCACUAAUAAAAUGCAGGUUUCUGUUAUUUUUUAAAGACACUGUCUAGUUUCUCUACAGUAAAUCCUCUCAGCCUGUGGCCAUCAGACUGGAAAACUCUUAACUGGUGGUGGUCAGAGGGACUGAACGCGCCAGGCCUCUGUCAGCGUGCCCCAGAGCAGCUGUGGCUACAUCGUAGCUCAUCACCAUCAGUGUGUGAAUGUGUGUGUAAAUGGAUGAAUACACUGUAGUGUAAAGCGCUUUGGAGUCCUCUGACUCUGAAAGGUGCUAUACAAGUGCAGGUAAUUUAUCAUUUAUUAAAUGUUUUCUUGGACAAAAUACAUAAACGAGUUAAUUGUUAUUUCUAUUAUUAUUGUUAUUGUUGUGUCUUGCCUAAUUUAUUCUCAUUUCGUUGAGACUUUUCUAAACCUUUGGAGCUCUAAAAGGGAAAAGAAAUUCCACAUCUGGAUCUGAAUCUGACUCCGAGGCUUAUUGAGGACACAAAGGACCAGAUGGUGGUCUAGGACCACUUCUUAACAUCGAAGCGUUCCAAUAAUCAAAUAUCCCUCAAACUAAAUGCACAGAUCCAUCAGCCUAUUUAUUUGAUCAGCUCAUAUGACGAAAAAGAGGAAAUCGUUUUCUUUGAGUUAAGUCUCCUGGCUUGUCAUUGCACCUUCUGGAGGUGUUUUACUUAAAACAGCUUCAACCUAGAAAGCAUGUCAGGACUAGUCAGGAACGUUCAUUUGUUCUGCCUGACUGGAUGAUGUUGAUGUUUAAGCUGCCUGAGAACAACUCAUCCUUUAAUCGUGAACGAUCUUUUCUUCUGGUGAAUGUCUUUUCUCCUGUGAGUUGAAGCUCUUGAGAUCUUUUCAUAAUUCUCUCUGGCAUUUUGAAGGAUACUUUAAAAACAAAUGAGGGAAAGUAUUUGCUCUUGCUCAACAUCAAGAUAAAAAGACAGUUCAGAGUUUUUGGCCUCAAGAUGAUAAACAUUUGUUCUCUGAUGGAGAAAAGAACAUAAGAAUAACAGAGAUUUUAUGUAACUAAUGCAUGAACACCAGGAAAUAAACCAGAACCAAAGCUCCUCUACUGAUGACUGGACUCUAUAAACCAGUUAAGAGUGUCCAGAGUAAAGCAGGAGUCCCACAUCCUCCCUGAGCAGAUGUACGAUUUAACAGCUGAGGUCAGCUGGCUGCUCCCAUUCCUCAGUGGUGGAUCAUCACAGCCGCGGGGCUGACUCAUCCCCGGCGUGUUAAAAAACCUCUGGACUGCCCAGGAAACAAAGAGUGUGCUGUGAGAGUCUGCUGAGCGCGUCUCAGACUUCACCGCACCAGUGGAGGGUAUCUGGGACAGAACCUGUGGGCGAGACUUUAAUGAUGGACUAUUUAGAGCUGCUGCUGCUGGUCCUCGGCCUUCACGGAGCCCUCUGUGCUGUGGUACACUGGCCAGAGUUAAACGAAGCUAAGGCGUAUUUGAAGCAGUAUGGGUACCUGAGUGAUCCGGCCGAUCCUCUGGACCAUUAUAACCUGGAAGAGGUCAUUGAAGCUCUCAGAGUCUUCCAGAGGGUGAACGAUUUGCCUCCUACUGGAGAGUUAGAAGAAGAGACCCUGAGUGUGAUGAGACAGCCUCGCUGUGGUUUGGAGGACCCCUUUAACAAGAAAUUCCAGAAGUACAGAACGAUGGGUCAUUGGAGAAAAAAGAGCCUCACCUAUCGUAUCUACAACUACACACCUGACAUGCUGAAGUCCGAGGUUCGGUCAGCCAUCCACUCAGCUUUCCAGUAUUGGAGCGACGUGGCAGCUCUGACUUUUAGAGAGGUGGACUACGGCAGACCAGACAUCCGAAUCUCCUUCCAUAAGAAAGAUGGCUACUGCUCUGUCCCUUUCGACGGCCGUGGCCAGGUUCUGGCCCACGCUGAACCACCUGAGUCUGGUCUGGUCCAUUUUGAUGAGGAUGAGUUUUGGACUGAGGGGUCGUAUUAUGGUACCAAUCUGCGUAUUGUAGCCGCCCAUGAAAUAGGCCACGCUCUGGGUCUGGGUCACUCUCAGUACAAAAGCGCUCUGAUGGCACCAAUUUAUGCUGGUUACCGUGCCAACUUCAGGCUGCACUCAGAUGAUGUGAACGGCAUCCAGGCCCUAUACGGAAAACGCAGCACCUUGGACUCAUCCACACAUGCAGAGCACCCGUUUCCCACAGAGAGCAGCGCUGGCGCUGAUAGGGUUCCUGAGCCCUGCACGGCUGUCCUGGAUGCCAUUAUGUUAGGUCCAUGGGAGAAGACCUUUGCCUUCAGCGGCGAUUAUUUCUGGACCAUCUCUGACCUGGGCCAUAACACACCUAUAAAGAUCAGCAGACUGUGGAGGGAACUCCCUGGAAACCUGAACGCUGCCGUCCACUCUCAAAGAACCAACAAGACCUACUUCUUUAAAGGCAGUAAAGUGUGGCGGUACACAAGGUUCAUGCUCGACUACGGCUACCCCAAACAGGUGAAACGGAUCCCCCCUGACGUGGACGCGGCCCUGUACCUGCAGAAAAACAAGAAGCUGGUCUUCAUAAAGGGGUCAGAGUACUGGCAGUUCGAUGAGCUGGCUUACAACCGUUUAGGGUUGUACCCCAAACCCCUCAGCAUGCUCUUCACCGGAGUCCCAUCCUCUCCUGACGCCGCCUUCACCUGGACCAACGGCAAGAUCUUCAUCUUUAAGGGGGAUGAGUACUGGCGAGUGAAUGAGAUGCUGAGAGUGGACAGAGGAUACCCUCUGAGCAAGAAGGAGCGCUGGAUGCGAUGCUAGCGCACAUCCACUAGGGGGCAGCAGCAACCAAGCUCUUCUGCAGAGGCAACGACAAGCUGUGAUUGAGGAUCGUCACUGGUCCCAGGGGAGCGAAUAAGUGUGAAACUGCGUUGGUUUUCACACAUGCUGAUUUUAAUGAGGCUGACCUUUUGUACUGUACAUUUGUGUUGCUGGAGGGGAGACUGGCGAAUUAUGUAAGCUUCUGUAUGAUCUUGGACAGAAAUCAAGGGGUUUGUUUUAUUUUUUUCUUUGACAUGUGUUGGAUUAUGUGUUGCAACACUCGAAGAUGUAAAAUUUUUACACUAUGAAUCAUAGUGAGAGAUCUCGUCACUUUAGAUUUUGUACCCUGACUUUAAGUGAAGAUGUCAUUUUUCUAAUAUUUGCAAGAUAAAAAAAGAAAAAUUAAAAUAA